ACACGCGUCCGCAACAGGGUUUGGUUUUUGAUCAUGGAGAAGAGCAGGUCGUUCCCGGAGUACUCCUCAUCUUUCUCCGGUGAGUUCGAGUUCGAUGAUCGGCCCAAUUCUUAUAACUUCAAUGGUCCCUGCAGCAAAGGAAACGGGUUUGCAGCAUCCAAUGAUCCAGAGCUGAAGAGGAAGAAGAGAAUUGCAUCAUAUAACGUAUUCACUAAGGAAGGUAAGCUAAAAUCGAGUGUGAGGAACAGCUUCAAGUGGAUCAAGAGCAAGUUUGCUGAUCUACGAUAUUGAAUCUAAGUUGAAAAAAUAUUCUGAGGUGCCCUAUAUUCUCCGUAUUGUUUAAGUCUGGUUUGAAGGUUUUGUGUGGAAAUUUAACAGGGAGGAAUUUCCCUUGUGAAAAUCUGUGACAUUUGGGUGUAAAGUUGUUAUGGUGAAAAAAAAAUAAAAAAAAAGAGCUAAU